UAUAACGUCCUUACCUACCCCUCUCUAGGUACUACCAGUGCUGUUACAGAUUUUCCGUCAACCUUUGAUUGACACAGAACUGCGCAUGGCUUGUUUCGUUAUCAUGUGUGACUGCAAACCAGGUCCAGCGGUGUUCAACCUGAUUACCAAGCAGCUCUUUUACGAGCGCACCAAUCAAGUGCGAUCAUUCGUGGUGUCUUACAUCAAGGGGAUGGCAUUCUCUAAAUAUCCUUGCGAUGAAAGGAUGGCUUCAACAGCAAGAGUUGCUCUCCGAAUGCUCAGAAAGUACAAGUUGAGUUUCUUGAGCUCCAAAUGGCUCCACUUUGGCGAAUACUCCGAGCUUCUUCAAAUGGGCGGAUCAGUGGAUCUCCAGAUGAUUUCGACGCCAUCAAGUAUUAUCCCCAGAGCUCUCAACACUAAAGUCAAGAUGCAGGUCCUUGGAAAGUCUCUCAAUUUGUUUGAGACUGGUGUCAGAGGUGAAGGAAUACAAGAACUGCUUCAGCGUGUAGUAGGACCCCGAGGACAUUACAGCAAGGAAAAAUCUCUGUUUGGUUUGCUCAGGCCAAGGCGGAGUUUGAAUAAAAACUUAAACGACAAAGAACUCAAGGAAAUACAAAAACUGCUUCCAAUCACUGAAUACGAAGAAGAGAAGGCGAAAGGCUCGUUUUACUUCAAAGUUCUUGGCAAGGAAUUGAUUUACAACUACUUCACUUAUGAUGACGUCAAAGAGUUGAUCGAAGAUGGAGUCAUUAGGGUUAACAACGAUCUCAAAGAUAUGCUAAAGAAAGGUAAAAACUGGAACAUGACCAAAGUAUUCGUACCUGUUGAGGUGAAGUUUUACCAGCCCUCAUGUGUCGGUCUUCCUUUGAAAUUCUCUCUGGAAAGUGUUUUGUUCCUGCGGGUGAACACUACCGUUAAAGCUGAAGUUCAACCAAAAUUCUUUAUUCCUCUUCCUGAUCAAGUGACAGUCAGUGGAAAGAUAAAUGUCAGUGUCUUGCACUCCACGUGGGGAAAAAUGAAGGUUUGCCUGCCUCAACUUGAGACGGGCUGCAAAAUGAAAAUGAAGAUUAAUAUGACAACAAGUCUAGGAGGCAGUCUGCAAUGUAAACUCAAAGAUCAGAGUUACACUACAGAGCUUGAUGUGCCAAAGGAAAGACAGGAAAUUUUCUCAACAGAAAAACAAGGCUACACAUUCCUGAUGUACACCAAACCAGUAAAACCAGAAAUGAAGGACUGGUCAUCUCUAUACAGGAGCUCAAAAUUGGACGGAUUUGAAAUCGGAGACGUUUCUGAUAUUGGAAGAAAACAUCACCACCGCUAUGCCAACUGGACUCUGAAAGCGGGAUCUGGAAAAUACCUGUCAGUGAAUGAACAAAACGAACUCAUCUUGAGCGAAGAACCCACUGUCUUCAAGGUCUUCUUUGUCGGCAUGAACCGUCAGUUUGUCAAACUUUUUGUUACCGGGAAAGGAUUUGUCAAGGUGAAGCCAGAUUCCAACGGUUGCCUAGAGAGUGUUCAAGACGAACGCUAUCCAAAACUUUUCAAGAUCACUUACCCAAAGCGGAGCCUUCGAAAUAUUCGUCUAGCCACCGUGGUGUUUAUUCACCCAAAUAAAUCCAAAAACCCCGAGGAAUGGAUGGGAGCGACCGCACCCAUGAACACAGACCAGGUUCUGCUGUUCAAACACAUGAUCGAAGACAUUAAACCGACAGACGGAUAUGAAGAGAAAUGGAGGUACGUGAGUGAUUUGCCCCUUGACGAUGUUCCGGUUCAGGAGAGAUUCCACCCUCGCCACAUGAAGAUCGAGUUUGUGACACCAGUGGAGGGCAAGGUUUGCUUGAGGCCAAACAAGAGUUAUGAGACUAUGUUCACCGUGCACCGACAUUACUCAAACACAAGUGAGCUAUGUUACGGAGAACGAAUGCUUGGUCUUGAUGUGUGCCUGAGUGGUCAAUAUAUUGAACCAUUGAUGCCCCAUGCGCCUGUUUUCCCGUUCUGUGGUCCAACAAAGUACAACGUCUCUAUCAAACCGGGUCAAAAUCCAACCCAGAAGAUCCAGUUUACGUUUGGUAAGGGAGACCGCUUUGAUGAACAAUACCAUACAUGGAAGGCAGGAAUGAAACUCGUAGGUACCAACCCAGAGAAAAAGAUUGAAACUGACAUCAAAUAUGACGUAGACAACAAGAAAACCGACUUCACUAUUGAUAUGUAUAACAUGUAUCCAUGGUUACGAAAGGUCUGCAUCAACAGUCACGUGAUCACCAGCCAGGAAAUCAGGUUUAACUUGAGUUUUGGCGAAGACUGUGAAGACUACAAAUUUCAGUCCCGUAUAGCUAUCAAAGAACCCGGCCGCAGAGAACUGAGCUGGGUGACGUCAUAUAAUAAGAUCCCGGAUACAUUGCUGAAGUUGUGUUACAAGCUUCUGAAGGAGUUUACUCGACAAUAUUACGACAGGUUCAGUGACUACCGACGGGGUCAGAUUCAGCGAAACAAAGUUGACUUCACAGUGAAAUUCAGAACUGAAGAACUUGUGGACCUUGAAGUUAAAACACCAACUUGCCUGCUAAAAAUGGAUAACGUCCAAUUUGAAACAGAUGGCUUUAUACCACGUGGUUCCAACUACCACAGCACUCUAAUGCACAUGCUGGCAGUUGCUGCACCGGUCUGCACCGUGGACCAUGACUCAUUCAAGACAUUCGAUGACGUCGAGUUCCAGUACUCGUUACCAGGCCACUGCACGCACGUACUGGCGAAAGACUGCACAAAGAACAACGUAUUCAUGGUGCUGAUGUCCAAAGAAACUGAGAUACCCGACAACAAAGUCAUUGAAAUAUUUGUCGAGAGGGAAAAGAUACGUAUCGAGCAUUUGGUAGAAGGCCGCUAUCAAAUACAGGUGAACGGAGAGAUUGUCGACAUGCCUAAGAACUCAUACCGCUUGAAGAACGUCGCCACGAUCUUCGUGGAGCCAGAAAAAGAAGAGUUACAUGUGUCAUGCGAUGCUGGUUUGGAAGUAGAGAUGGUUCGAGGAACUAAGAUUGAUGUGCGUGUUUCUCCAUACUUUUUCAACCGCACGUGCGGUAUGUGCGGCGACUGUAACGCCGAGUGGUACCGUGAUCUAAAAACACCCAUGGGCAAGGAGUACACUAGCCGUGACAGGCUCAAGUAUGGAAACAUGUGGAUGGUGCCUGAAGAAACGUGCCUCACAGGUGGCUGUCAUUUCAAGAAACAGCACGUUCUGGAAAGUAAAACCAUCGAAGAACAGAACUAUAACUGCUACCCAACCACCCCAGUCCUUCGCUGCCUUGAUGAGUGCAAGGCUACCAAGACCAAGAUGACACUUUUCCCAAUGACGUGCGUGAAGACCGGAAGUGGCGAAUCAGCCAAGAUUUUCAAGAAUAUAGAAAAGCGCACGCUGGACUUGACCGGAAGUGAAGUCUUCUACAAGCAGAAUCUUCGCGAAGACAUAGAAUGCGACUGCAGUGUUUGUGGUCGAUCUUUGAACGGAUCUUAACCUGGUACUGAUAUUGUUUCAUCGACACCGUUUACGACGCAAUGAUUUUUGGAAUUAAAUUACGUCCUGCUCGAAUUGAUUAUUGAUUGAUUAUUUUGAGGGGACAGUCAACUGUGUUUUGAUUUAACUUUGUUUUAUGUUUAAGGGGGUCAACGUUUCUUAGUUCGAUUGUUUCGUUUUGAGUUUUAUUUGAUGUCAGUUUGGCAUAGUAGUAACACGUAUUUUUGUAUUUGCAGUUGUAGAUUUAAUAAACAGUGGCACGUUUUUUAUAUUCAUCUAGUAAUACUGUAGAUCAUAUUGAUAUACAGCGUCUGAUAGAAUGUUUGCGUUGUUUGUAGUAACAUUAACCGAUUACGUUAAAAAUCAAUAGCAUUCGAAUAAAAAAAAUAAAGAAAUUAUAUUAUGCAUCA